AUGCCCUACGACGGGAUCACCGCCACCGGCGAGCGUCAGCUGAUGCGUACCGAGAACUACGCCGAUUGCCACGGGACAAGAUUAACUACAAGCUCGCCGGGCGGCGGCAAUGGCUUCGGAGCCCAGUUGGACGCUCCGGCGUAUGACCACAUCGGACAGAUCGAGGUCGUGCCGGGCAGCCAUAAGAUGUGUGUCGAGCUUGGGGAAGGCGGUCGCAUCCUUCAGAAGUACUACGCAGACCGAAGGGACAACUUCCCACCGGACCAUGGAAAGUCGACAUGCUCAAGCCCGAGUAUGCAACGUUUGGCUGACAACCGCGCCGCAGAGAGAGCGUCGGGGACAGAUUAUGGUGCUGGCGUGGAGAGGUACGCUUUCGCCGCGCCCUUCGCCAAGAUCGAAGAGCAGGGGACUUCGGUCCGGGUUCAAGAGGUGUCUUGA